AUGACAUCAACAUUGACAGCAGGUGGAUUACCAAAUGAUCAUAUUCUUGAUCCAUCAUCCAUCUAUCCAAUUAGUAGUAGUGGUAACAACGUUAUUUUAAACGACCAAGAUGAUGAAAGUAGUAACAACAAUAGUACACAGAGACCAUUAUCAUUUGGACGUGAUAUGUGGGAAGGAUUUGAAACACUAUGUAAACGUACAGAGGUUGGAUUAGAUCAAUGUAAAGAAUUGUUAGAGUUUUUUAAAAAGAGAGUUGCCAUUGAAGAGAAAUUAUCAAAGAAUCAAAUAUCUAAAUUUAAAUUAAAAGAUGAAACAGAUUCAUUCCAAAGAGGAUUUACAUGUAUAUCAAUGUUAAGUGAUGCUGAAGCAAAUAUACAUAAAUCAUUCUCUCAGAAUCUGUUGAAUAAUCUUUGUCAUCCAUUUACUGCAUUUGUUAAAGAAUUGGAAUCAAGAAGAAAAAAGUUGGUAAAUGAUGGACAAAAAUUAAGAAAUGAUUAUAAGGAUUCAUUGGAUGCAGUUAGAAAAGGUCACCAAAAAUAUGAAAGACUAUGUAGAGAUAUAGAGUCGGCCAAGAUGGAAUUGAUUUCAAUGAUUGAAAAAGAGGGAGAACAAGACGGAGUAGGUCCAUCCCUUAAAAUUCAAACCAUUGAAAAAAAAGUUGCCAAAUGUGAAUCAUUGGCUUUGAUUGCUGAACAAGAAUAUAAAGAUCAAAUCAAAGAAACAAAUGAAUUUAUUUAUGGUAAUUAUCAAUCUAAAAUGGCUGAUAAUUUAAAUGAAUUUGAACAAUUUGAAUUAAUGAGAAUGCAAUUUAUUAAAAGUAAUAUUAAAAAUUAUAUGGCAUUAAUGAUGGAAAUUCCUUCUUCAUUGGAGGCAGAGUUGAAUAAUGGAUGUAAACAAACAGAUUGGAUUGACCCUGAUUUGGAUUUAAAUACCUUUAUCAAAACACAUCAAUCACAAAAAAAACUACCUCUCCCCUUUCAAUUUGAACCAUACCUAGAGUCAAAGAUCAUCUCUCUGAAUCAAUCCAAUCAUAUCCCACAAUCUCCAAGUCCACCAACUAGAUCCCUCAAAGAUAAUAUCAUUGGGUUCUUUAACAAAUCAACUGCUGCCUUGGCAAGAUCAAUUGAUGAUACAAAUCAAUUAUCAAUUUCAUCAAAUAAUAUUUCAUCACCACCAAUUCUAACACCUGGAGCUCCAUCAUCACCAUCAAAAGCAUCAAUAUUUGGAUCUGAUUUGGAGGAGCUAAUGGAUGCACAAAAGAAACAAUUCCCAAAUGAAACCGUUCCAUUGAUUCUCAAUAGUUUUAUUCAAACUUUGUUGAGACUUGGUGCUUUGGAAACAGAGGGAAUAUUUAGAAUAUCACCAGUACAUCAUUCCAUCCAAAUAGAAAAACAAAAGUUGGAUCAAGGUGGUAAUCUUGAUCAUAUAGAUGACCCUUAUCUUGCUGCCACUCUAUUUAAACAUUGGUUAAGAGAUUUACCAAAUCCUUUAAUUUCUUCUGCUAUCUAUGAUGAAAUAAUAGAAUCACCAGAAAAUUCAUGGAAGAUUAUAAAGAAUGGUAUUCCAUUAUUACAUCAAAAGGUAUUAAACUAUGUGAUUGAUUUCUUGGUAGAGUUUAUAGAACCAGAGUUUAUUGCAAAGACAAAGAUGGAUGCUCAUAGUCUUGCCAUUGUUGUCACACCUGUAUUUAUUCGUUCGAAUCUUUCCAAUCCACAACAAGCACUGGAAAACUCGAAAAAAGAAAUCAAGGUGAUUGAAUGUAUGCUUGUAGAAUCAUUUAACAAUAAGAAACGUAGAUUGGCUAGAUCUACUGAAGAUGUUGAAGAUAAUGGACAACAAGAAGAGGAAAAGGAAAAUGAUCAAUCAUCUGAAACAUUAAACAAUGACAACAGCAAUAAUAAUGAUGGUGAUGAUAAUCAACAACUUUCAAGUCAACAAGAACAACAACAACAGUCAUUAUCACAAACCAAUCAACAACCAUCAAGAAAUCAUAGUACACUUUCAUUUGCUACUAUGACUAGUGAUGCUACAAACUCGGAUGUUGUUUUGGUUGAAGGUUCUUCAGAGGACAUGAUCAGUGUAACAACAUCAUCCUCGGGUGAAGAGAUUCAUGAAGAUGAAUUUACUGUUGUCUCUCCCACAAGUGGUCAACCAACAAACAAAGAUAGAUCUAUUCGUAAUAGUAAUAGUAGUACAUAA